UUGAUCAGGCACGUUGCAUUGUUUGGGGUCCUCACUGGAGGUUCGGCGCUAGUACCCAGGCAAUUCGCAGCUGAAGUGAAUACGGGUGAAAUUCAGUGAAACGGUUGCUGAAAUCAGGUUGUUCUAGAACUUUGGAUACACAGCCGUCCAGCAAUGAAUCUGGAACUGCUUGAAUCAUUUGGGCAGAACUAUCCAGAGGAGGCAGAUGGGACUCUGGACUGCAUCAGCAUGGCCCUCACCUGCACCUUCAACCGCUGGGGCACCCUGCUGGCUGUGGGCUGUAAUGACGGCCGCAUCGUCAUCUGGGACUUUCUCACAAGGGGCAUCGCCAAAAUCAUCAGCGCACACAUCCACCCAGUCUGCUCUUUAUGCUGGAGUCGAGACGGCCAUAAAUUGGUUAGUGCCUCCACAGACAACAUAGUCUCACAGUGGGACGUCCUGACUGGAGAUUGUGACCAGAGAUUUCGUUUCCCUUCGCCUAUCCUGAAGCUGCAGUACCACCCCAGAGACAUGGACAAGGUGCUGGUGUGUCCGAUGAAGUCAGCUCCAGUCCUGUUGACUCUGUCAGACUCCAAACAUGUUGUCCUGCCUGUAGACGAUGACUCGGACUUGAAUGUGGUGGCAGCUUUUGACAGACGGGGCGAGUACAUCUACACUGGCAAUGCCAAAGGAAAGAUCCUGGUAUUGAACACAAACACCCAGGAGCUGGUGGCAUCCUUCAGAGUGACCACUGGUACCAGCAACACCACUGCCAUCAAAUCCAUUGAAUUUGCACGCAAAGGCAGCUGCUUCCUCAUAAACACAGCAGACCGAAUCAUCAGGGUGUAUGACGGCAGGGAGAUACUGACCUGUGGCCGAGAUGGUGAGCCUGAACCCAUGCAGAAACUACAGGACCUGGUCAACAGGACUCCGUGGAAGCGCUGCUGUUUUUCUGGGGAUGGUGAGUACAUUGUGGCUGGUUCAGCCAGGCAGCACGCCCUCUACAUCUGGGAGAAGAGCAUUGGCAACCUGGUGAAGAUCCUGCAUGGAACCAGAGGAGAGCUGCUGCUGGAUGUUGCUUGGCAUCCUGUUCGCCCCAUCAUCGCCUCUAUCUCCAGUGGAGUGGUGUCCAUAUGGGCUCAGAAUCAAGUGGAAAACUGGAGUGCGUUUGCUCCAGACUUCAAAGAACUGGAUGAGAAUGUGGAGUACGAGGAGCGAGAGUCUGAAUUUGACAUUGAGGAUGAAGACAAGAGCGAGCCUGAGCAGACAGGUGCAGACGCUGCGGAGGAUGAAGAGGUAGAUGUCACCACCGUUGACCCCAUAGUUGCUUUUUGCAGCAGUGAUGAGGAGCUGGAGGACUGUAAGGCCCUGCUGUACCUGCCCAUUGCCCCAGAGGUUGAAGAUCCUGAGGAAAACCCCUUCGGCCCCCCGCCGGACACCUCGGUCCAGGCUGCCACUCCAGAGGAUGCUUGGCUGGCGGGGGGGAGAAGACGCCAGCCUUCAUCUGAAGGAGGCCCUGCCAAAAAGAAAGCCCGCACUACCACCAUUGAACUGCAGGGGGUGCCGAGUGAUGAGGUGCACCCCCUGCUAGGUGUGAAGGGGGAUGGCAAAUCAAAGAAGAAGACAGCCGGUCGACCCAAAGGCUCCAAAGGCACGACAGAACUAAAGAUGGCAACCUCACUCUCACAUCUGGACUUCAGGAAGCUGCAUACAGGGAGUUUAACACAGUCGUACAAACAGCACGACAUUGGAGGGAUGGACUGAUCGCUUCUGUGUACAGAUAUGGAGAAGCAUUUAUAGGCUCAAACAAAGAGACACAAAUUCUGAUGUCAUGUACAGACUGAGAGAGCAGCCAGUUUGAUGUGCAAACUGUUUCCUGCACAUUGUCACGGGGAAGCUCCUCGGCAAGGACCACUGACUGCAGCCACCAAGACAUCACAGUAGAGAUCACGUCCUCUGCCUCUGUAGGAUUUGUCAUGUAGAGAACACCUGUGUCUUCAUAGUGUGUAUGUCUGUUGUCUUUCUUGUUUUUAUACACAUUAAAACAUUUUGAUUUAUAAAUAAUGAGCUACUGUGUGGGUUUGCUUUAAAGCUCACCUAGCUCUUGAAAGAUGAUGGAUUUCAGUGGCAAUUUCUGAAAGCUCAAGAAGUUACAGAUAGUGAUUUAUCAGCCAAAUUGUUUUUUUUUACUGUAACAACAUAACAUGGGACAAGGAGGUGUAGCAUCCACCACUUUGAUAUACAGUACAUGCCUAUUGUAUCCAGUGAGGCAGGUUAUUUUUCAGGAAUCUGUUCAUUGAGACUGCCACCCCUUAUGAUGAAGCUAAUUAAUGCACAAUACACAAGCUGUAGAAAUGUUUCUCAUCAAAGAAUGUUUUGAACUGAAACUUAAUCUAGAGGAAUGUGAGCCUCAUGUUGAACUGCACAACUUUAGAGGAAUGUGAGCCUGAUGUUGAACU